UAUUAGAUCCUGAUUUUUUAUUUCUCUCGCGUCUCCUCCUGCAAUCUUGGGCUUCGAAAUCGCACCCCCCUCUCUCACAUCUCCUCCUUCGAUUCGCCCCUGCUUCGACGGCUCGUCCCGCCUAUUCUCCAUCCCGUAUCGCCCCCCAAAAGAAAUUAUGCUGGUGAUUACCGCAAGUAAGUUGUGGUUGGAUCAGCCGAGGAUCGUGCUGAAGAUCAGCUGGAAGGGGAUCGAGAGUCCGGAGCGUGGCAAGGUCUAUUAUCACCACGACAGCACGACAAUCACGACGACAAUCGCCAAAGACGUCAGCUGCUUCAUCGAGAACCUGGAUGGCUGCAUGACCGAGAUCUUCCAGGAGCUCGACGUGGCCGUUCCUUUUCUGAGCCGCCUGCCUCCUUACAGCAUCGAUAAACUCUACAUAGAGCGGCAUUUGCGGAACAUGGUAUGCAAAGCUGUAAACGCGUGCGCCUCCGGAGGAGGCUUUAUGCUCACGUUUGAAAUCACCGUAGCAUUUGAUUCGGAUCCGGAUCGGUAUCUGUUUACAAUUACAAACAAAAAGCCUGUACUCGCAACCGUAGCUACAGACGCAGAUCCUUUGCAUUCUUCUAUGGACCAACAACCGAGGCUCACGACCGUGCUGCCUACAGAUGCAGAUUCUUCGUGCUCCGAUCUGCUUGGAUAAGUUAUUCGGAGAGGAGAUGGCGG